AAAUUCAGCGAAAACCCUCCCUAUUUUUUUUGUUAGCGGGGGGCGCAAGAGCGAAGGAGAUUAGAGGGAGGCAGGCACCGAGGUCGCCUCUGCUCUCCGCUUCGGCUCGCCUCCUUAGUCGUCCUGGUUCCGCUCACGCUGAAUUUUUGGUCAUUGAGAAGCGUUCCUCCUCGGUCAAUCCGUGGGAGGGAUUGGAGCCCGGAGGGGACAGAUGGCGUCGAGGGAUUUCCUGGGCAGGUUCGGGCGGGAUGGAGGAGCACCGGCUGCGGGCGGUGGAAGCGCCGCCACCGUCGACUCGGACGACAUCGAGCUCAGCCUCGGUCUGUCCCUCGGCGGCUGCUUCGGCGCCGACCCGGCGCACGAGGCGAAGAAGCCGCGCCUUGUGCGGUCCACGUCCAUCCCCUCGAUCUGCUCGCUGCCCGGCGGAUUCCCCUCCGGCGAGGAACCCGCCGCCGUCACGGCGCCGCCGUCGGACCUGCUCCGCACAUCCUCGCUGCCCACCGAGUACAUGGAGGACCGGCUCCGCCGCCGCGCGAUGCAGAGCCAGCGGCGGCUCGAGGCCAAGCGCAAGCGCCUCGAGCGCCGGAACUCCAUGAACUCCGGCAGGUCGGGCACCAACGCUAGCGCUGCUGUCUGCCGCGACGAAGCCCUGGAGCAGACGGUGCCCAGCGGCUUCCAGUUCCGGCGCACGGUCGCCUUGCAGGGGACCACCUCGUCCAGCGUGCCGGAGCAAGCAUCAGCAGGUAGUGGAGCAGAGGCGAAGAGCCCUCCUGCCAUGAACACGGCGGAGACCUCCGGUGGGCAGAGCAGCUCCAGGCCCCCAACGGCGUCAGGAACCGGGAGGCCAUCGAACGGCACCACCGGCCGCGAGCAGCCGCCGCUGCGGACGCUGCGGUCGCUGACGAUGCGGACGGCGAGCACCGGCGACCUCCGCAACAGCAUGGUGGAGGACAUGCCGAUGGUCUCCUACAAGGUGGAGGGGCCCAGCGGCCGCAAGACCGACGGCUUCCUGUACAAGUACAGGAAAGGCGAGGAGGUCAGGAUAGUCUGCGUCUGCCACGGCAACUUCCUGACGCCGGCGGAGUUCGUGCGGCACGCCGGCGGCGGCGACGUCACCAACCCGCUGCGGCAUAUCGUCGUCAACCCUCAGCAGUCGGUGUUCUUGUGAUGGCGGCGGGCAUGGUUCUGCUGGUACAUGUAAACCCUUUUAGGGGGAGAUAUGAGAUGAAGUAGGCACAGGAGAAGCUUAAACCCUUUGAGCAGGAGCCAGAAGCAGAAGCUUAAACUUUUUGAGCAGUGGGGCAUGCUUCUGCUUCGUCCGGUGCAAGUAAAUGUAGGGGGAGAUGUCAGAGGAGGCAGGCACAGUAGAAGCUUAAACCCUCUGAGCACGAGGCAGAAGCAGAAGCUUAAACUUUUUGAGCAGUGGGGCCAGAAGCAGAAGCUUAAACUUUUUUGAGGAGCAGACAGAAGCAGAAGCUUAAACUUUUUCUUUUUCGUUUCUUGGUAAUCAUAUGAUUAGUUAAUUAUGUUAGCGAGCUGGAUACUGCUGUAACCUGUAAGUUAAGAGAGUGAGCGAAUUGGAGGGAUCUUGAGGUUAACAAUGUCCGAAAUGGAUGCUGGUUCAGUUGAGGCACA